AUGGCAGCAAAUCCGGUGAAGGCUGCCAGGCUGGUGUCCGAGUCGGCCAGAGAGCGCGAGACGUUUGAGUACUCCUCGUCGCUCCUCCGCACCGUCAGGCUCAACGAGACCGGCAAGCCCACGCCUUCGACCGAGCUCGCGGCCGCCGACGAUGUCAUCCUCACGGGCCUCGCCCAGCUGGGGGCGCUGCAGACGGGCACCGACCGGGCCCUCAUCUCGCUGUUCGACGCCACCCGCCAGUGUAUCGUGGCCGAGGCCACGCCCACCCAGCGCCUGUAUCCGUCCCUCAGGAGCGACGACUGUGAUCGGCCGCUCUGGCUCUGCGGCACCGCCAUCCCCCGUAGCCACGGCUUCUGCGAGAUGACCCUCCUCGGCGACAAGGCCCUCGAUGCCUCCGACGGCGAGACGCCCAAUCAACUUCCCCUGACCAUUGCCCACGACCUCGUCCACGACCCUCGCUUCUCGGCCAAGCCCUUCUGCCAGCUGGGCCCUUCGGCUCGCUUCUAUGCCGCCGUCCCGAUUCGAACUCGACGCGGAAUCAACAUUGGCGUUUACUGCGUCAUCGACGAGACGCCCAACAAGACCUGGACCGAUGUCCACUCCCAGCGACUACGGGACAUAUCCUGGGCCAUCAUGGACCAUCUCGAGGCACAGAGGCUCAAGGGCGUGCACAAGCGGGACGUACGGAUGAACAGGGGCCUGGGAUCGUUUAUCGAGGGAAAGCCCACAAUAUUCGGCUGGCAGAAGACUUCACAGGAUCCCGAAUGUGGCGAUAACGACGCACAGCAAGACGACGAGCUCAGUCACCGGCAGCAGUUUCUCCAACGGCAGCGAGAAGAGGCGCUCGAGGACGACCUCGUGGCUAAUCUAUCACCAACGACUCAGGUAGCCAAUCCAAUGAGCACGACACUGCUAGGCAACGACGCCAUCCCGAAGCCGAUCCCGAUUCCAAAUAACGACGCAUUUCUUGGCCGUGACCGGCGUACGCUCUCCGCCGCCAGCUCGGAAACCACGCCACCUGCGUUCAAGCCCAUGGCUGCUUUGACGGAAGACGAAAGCUCGAUAGUCAUCCUCUCAAAGGCUGCCAACAUUGUUAGAGAGUCGAUCGAGGUGGAGGCCUGCCUGUUCUUCGAGGCUCCGAUCCAGCCAUAUUUGUCUCCGGCGCAGAGCAGCUCCGCGACUGAUGAGGGAAGCGACUCCUCCAGCUCGAGCAGUAGCGACGAAGAUGAUAUUAGGCGUCCGAUUAAACCUGCGCCGCAAUGCAGGAUCCUCGGUUAUUCUACGUCCAAGUCUUCUAGCAUCAACGGGACUGCUCCCAGUCUGUCCUGGGUGAACCUCACGGAUAAAUUUCUGUCCAAGCUUCUUCGACGGUAUCCCAGGGGCCAGAUAUUCAACUUUGGAGCCGAUGGAGAGUUGCAACCGGACACGGCCGAAGACGAGCAGCCAUGCCAGACGCUCGACACUCUGUCAAACGGUUCUUCGUUGCCCACGAGAGGAUCGGAAGUCAACCUAUUAUCGCCGCGUGACAAGCCGCGAACGAGAGCGUCGACAAGGCGGCUCGAGGGAAAGGCUCUGUCCAAGGCCUUUCCGGGUUCUCGGAGUGUAUGCUUCGUACCGAUCUGGGACCCGAGGAAAGAUCGAUGGUAUGCCGGCGGAUUCAUCAGUACCAAGGAUGUAGCUCGAAAUUUCUCUCUCGAGCAGGAAUUAAGCUAUCUGAGAGCUCUGGGAAUGCUUGCCAUGUCCGAGAUUUUGCGAUACAAAGACCUCCGAGCCGACAAGGCCAAGACGGACGCGCUUGGGUCCCUCUCGCACGAGCUCCGUUCUCCCCUGCACGGGAUUCUACUCAACGCUGAGUUGCUGAUUGAUACCAAGCUUGACAUUUUUCAGGGCAAUGUUGCCCAUACAAUUGAGACCUGCUCCCGCACGCUUCUCGACACGGUGGACCACCUUCUUGAGUACUCUAGGAUCAAUCACCUGUCUGGACGAGACGACAGGGCUCUCAGCUUGGCAUCCAACGGCCUUGAUCUGGGCCAAUUCGGCAAGAAGUCCUUACUGCGCGACUCACAGCUCGACUACAUCGUCGAGGAAGUCAUCGAGAGCGUCUUUGCUGGCUUCAACUUCUUGCACCUGUCUGUCAAGCAGCUCUCAGAUCAUCAACGUGGCUCGAUCAACAUCAACAGCGAUGUGAAUGCCAACCACCACUCCGAUUCAUUGCAGGCCAUGGACCAGCUUGAGCCUUGGAUGACGAAGAACGGGGAGCUCAGGUGGAGCUUUGACGAUGUGUUGAUCGUCCUCUCCGUGGACGCACGGUGUAACUGGGCGUAUUGUGUUGAUGUCGGAGCCAUUCGUCGAAUCGUCAUGAACAUCUUUGGCAAUGCCUUGAAGCACACCAAACGUGGCACCAUCACGGUAUCGCUCACGCAAGAAAUGGCCCGUCUCAGGGGCCGGAAGAAGGAGCGCGUCGUCAGGUUUACGGUGCAAGACACCGGCAAAGGCAUCGGCGCGGAUUUUCUCAAACACGGCCUUUUCCGUCCCUUCUGCCAAGAAGAUCCGUUGUCACCUGGCGCAGGCUUGGGGCUCAGCCUCGUGCAGCAGAUAACGUCUCAUUUGCAGGGUGACGUUUCCAUACAGAGCGAGCUGGGCGUCGGGACUAUCGCCUCUGUCACACUGCCGUUGGAGCAACUGCCGCCGUCGUCGGGUGAGGCCCCUACAAUUUUGGAAGAAGAGGAAAAGCUGUUCAAGGAGCAGGUGGAAGAUCUCAAGGGUCUGCGUGUGCGAAUCCCCAUGGCAAAUCCUGAUUGGCGUAAGGCCGUGGUCAACAUCUGCUGCGAAUGGCUACACAUGGAGGUCAUUCCCGACACGCCAGACACAGCCGUUACGCCCGAUCUUGUACUGUGGUCUCAUAUGGACUUGGCGCGGUUGAGCGAAGACUUUGAAACGUUUGACAAGACGCCCAAUGUCGUCGUGUGCUCGAACGCGUUGGUGGCCUAUCGCCAAUCACAUAUAUUCAAGAAAGCCGGGUCGCCCGUUAUCUUUGAGUUUAUAUCUCAACCGACCGGCCCGCGUAAACUUGCGAGAACUCUGCAUUCGGCAUAUACGCGAUGGAUGAGUAGUUCCAACUCGCCGACAUCAUCCACCUCGGUUCCAAUGGUGGCCAAACGACCAAAAGGACCCAAGAGAACGCCAAGUACUUUCUCGGCCGCUGCCCAUAUGCUCAGACCAUCCUUGAGCAGGCCGGCAACGGCGAUAUCUGGAAGCAGCACUCCAUUUUGGGAGGGCGAAAGCAACUCGCCGACGUCGCCUGGCGCGAAAAGCGAACCGGCCUCAAACGUUCUCGAAGAGUCGUUGGCCCUGCGGGACAAGGCCGAGGCAACACAGCUCGACUUCUUGCUCGUUGACGACAAUUAUAUCAACUUGAAAGUGCUCUCGACGUACAUGAAGAAGCGCGGCGUUGGCUUUAAAGAAGCAAAGAAUGGCCAAGAAGCUGUGAAUUGCUUUCUCGCGCAUCCUGGCGCGUUCGCUUGCAUUCUCAUGGACAUUUCCAUGCCUGUCAUGGACGGGUUUGAGGCUACGAGACAGAUUCGGGCCCACGAAACACAGAUGGGCUUGACGCCUGUGCCCAUCAUUGCGCUCUCGGGGCUGGCCACCGAAGAUGCGCAGCAGGAGGCCUUCGGCAGUGGAAUGGAUGUGUUCCUCACCAAGCCAGUCAAGUUGGGAGCGCUGGGCGGCCUGCUCGAGUCUCAUGGGAUUCUCAACGGUGGCUGA